AACAAAGUCUAUACACAUCUCAGUUAUCCCCGCUUUUCUUCUCAGCCUCUUUUUGUCAGCACAUCAGACCUCAUAGAGAACUAUAAACCUCUCUUAGAGACAGAACACACAAACGUUCACUACAUUCAUAAUGGUAGAAACCGGUCUUCCAGCAGGGUGGGAGGUUCGCCACUCCAACUCCAAGAACCUCCCUUACUACUUCAACCCGAGCACCAAGGAGUCCCGAUGGGAACCCCCCGCCGACACGAACACCGAGAAGCUCAAGCUAUACAUGGCCGACUAUCACAGCGGGCCUGCAGGAAACGGGAUCGGCCAGGGGGAGGGAAAGAUCCGUUGCAGCCACCUCCUGGUGAAGCACCGGGAUAGCCGACGGCCCAGCAGCUGGCGGGAGGCCGAGAUCACUCGGUCGAAAGAGGAGGCUAUCGAGAUCCUCCGCGGCCAUGAGCAGCGCAUCCAAUCGGGCGAAGCUACCUUGGGCGACAUCGCCAUGUCCGAGUCGGACUGCAGCAGCGCCCGCAAGCGGGGUGAUCUGGGAUUUUUUGGACGCGGGGAGAUGCAGAAGGAGUUCGAGGACGCAGCCUUCGCGCUGCAGCCGGGACAGGUCAGCGGUAUUGUUGAGACCGCGUCCGGCGUUCAUCUGAUCGAACGUGUCCAGUAAAGGCUUGGGGUUUAGCUCUUAUAGUUGGAUGAAAAUAUACCUCGCUUAUAACAUCAGAUGCCAC